AUGGAGGACAAAAAGACAUGGAGUCCUGAGUCGUCAUCGAACCCUUCUGCCUAUGAGGGCGACAUGGGUAGUGUGCGACGUCCAUUCACACGCCGCCUCACCGAGUCCUUCAAGCGGGAUCCCAACGCAAGUGUCACGCGAUCGGCGUCAUUCAGUGCUGCCGAUGGGAAGGGAUAUGACGCUGAAGCGGCUGCUCAGGCGACCGCACUGUCGCCCUUGCUGAGGCGGCUGAAAGGACGCCAUCUACAAAUGAUCGCAAUAGGCGGGAGUAUCGGCACAGGUCUUUUCGUGGGCAGUGGGAAAGCGCUGGCUUACGGCGGACCGGCCUCAUUGUUAUUGUCCUUUGCUUUGACGGGAUGCAUGUUGUAUUGCACUGUGCAGGCGCUGGGAGAACUUGCAGUGCUAUUCCCCGUUGCUGGCUCCUUCGCCUCGUACUCGACGAGAUUUCUGGACCCCGCCUGGGGCUUCGCCAUGGGCUGGAACUAUGCCCUGAAUUGGUUGACGGUGUUACCGUUGGAGAUUGUGAGCGCGUCAAUAACUGUGGAUUACUGGGUUCAAAAUAUCUCUCUCAACGCCGCCUGGGUUUCAAUAUUCUUGGUACUAAUUGUUCUGAUCAACUUUUUUGGUGUGAAAGGAUACGGCGAAGCAGAAUUUGUCUUCUCGAUCGUCAAGGUUACAGCUGUGAUCGGAUACAUUCUUCUGGGAGUUCUCAUCAAUAUCAUGGGUGGCGUCGACAAGAACGGCAAUCCUGAUGCCAGCUACAUGGGCUUCCGACUAUGGCAUCAUCCAGGAGCCUUCCAUAACGGCUUCAAGGGACUGUGCAGCACCUUUGUGACAGCAGCUUUCGCUUUUGCUGGAACUGAGCUUGUUGGUUUGGCAGCAGCAGAGACGGAGAAUCCGAGGAAAGCGUUGCCUACUGCUAUUAAACAGGUAUUCUGGCGAAUUACUCUCUUCUAUGUUGUCAGCUUGCUUCUCGUAGGCACGCUCGUACCAUACGACGACCCCCGCCUGCUAAAUGGCCGGAACAGUGCUGAUGCAAAAGCCUCCCCUUUCGUCAUCUCGAUCCAGAAUGCCGGCAUUGAAGUCCUCCCGUCUGUCAUGAACGUCGUCAUCAUGAUCUCCGUUCUCUCCGUAGGAAACUCUUCCAUCUACGGCUCAUCACGCACCCUUGCAGCGUUAGCAGAACAAUGUCAAGCACCUGCCUUUCUCGCCUAUAUUGACCGCAAGGGCCGUCCCUUGUAUGCAAUCAUCGUUGCCUCUGUAUUGGGACUCCUGGCAUAUUUAGCGGCCACUCACAAGCAGCAGGACGCAUUCAACUGGAUGCUCGCCCUCUCAGGUCUCAGCUCGAUAUUCACGUGGAGCUCAAUUUGCCUCGCACACAUCCGCUUCCGUCACGCUUGGACCCUUCAGGGCCAUUCACUAGACGAACUCGCAUUCCGUUCUCCCGUGGGUAUCAUCGGUUCUUGGGUCGGCCUUGUCUUCAACAUGCUCGUCCUGAUUGCGCAGUUCUGGACCGGAUUCGCUCCCGUGGGCUGGCAUCAGAUGUCCAUUUCGGACCGAGUGGUAAAUUUCUUCCAAGCAUACCUUGCUGCUCCUGUGGUCGCGUUGAUGUAUAUAGGAUACAAGAUAUACAUGAAGACAAAGGUGCUGAGAGCCAGGGACAUGGAUCUAUUUACCGGAAAGAGAGAGUUCAACGUCCGUUUGCUGGUGCAGGAGGAGAGAGCGGACCGGAAGAGAUGGCCCAGGUGGAAGAAACUAUACAAGUUUCUCUGCUGA